GCUCUGCUCUGCUGAGGGACCUGCUCUGCUGAGGGACCUGCUCUGCUCUUCUGAGGGACCUGCUCAUUCUCCAGGACUAUGGCACCACAUCUGAGACAUGGAUUCUCGGUCUCUCUUUCACAGCGCUGGGGUCUUCUUCUCCAUUCUCUCCUUCUCUCCGUCUAUUUCCUGACUGUUGCAGGAUUCAACCUGGAUACUAGCAUGACUCUGACCAAGGAGGGGGAGACCGGCAGCUUUUUUGGAUUCUCAUUAGCGCUUCACCAGCAACUCACACCAGAACCACACAGUUGGAUCCUGGUGGGGGCGCCACGGGCCAGAGGACUGGGCAUGAUGCAGAGGAAGCGCCCUGGCGCUCUGUACCGCUGUCCAAUCACAAGCGAGGAGUUUGACUGCGAGCGCGUGGACAUCGAUGGAGACGUAAACCUCGACUGGGAAAGCAAGGACAACCAGUGGCUAGGAGUAACAGUCAAGAGCCAGGGGAUUGGAGGAAAGGUGGUGGCGUGUGCCCAUCUGUACGAGCUGCGUCAGCGCGCGGGCCAGCCAUCGGAGACACGGGACCCCAUCGGGCGUUGCUACGUGCUCAGUGAGGACCUGACCGAGAGGGAUGACCUAGACGGAGGAGAGUGGAAGUUCUGUGAGGGGCGACCCCAGGGACACGAACAGUUUGGCUUCUGUCAGCAGGGUCUGUCUGCCGCCUUCACACCCGACAACCAAUUUAUCAUGUUYGGAGCUCCUGGAACGUACAACUGGAAAGGAGAGAUGCGUGUCCAGCUACUAAACCAGACUUUACUGGAUCUGGGUUUCUAUGACGACGGGCCCUAUGAAGUGGCGGAUGAGAAACAGCUGAAUGCUCAGCUGAUCCCUGUACCCUACCAUAGUUACCUGGGUAGGACCGUCCCUGCCCAGCCCUCUCCUGCUCCUUUCACACAGCUGUCUCUGACUUGUGCGGGGGCUCGGAGCCCAUCACACGGGAGCGUGGUGCUGUUGCGUAAAGAUAACAUGUACCGCCUGGUGCCACAGCACAUCCUGUGGGGAGAGGAGCUGGCUUCUUCCUUUGGGUACUCUGUGGCUACGGCUGAUCUCAACAGUGACGGCUGGACAGACCUGAUAGUGGGAGCUCCUAACUACUUUGACCGAAAAGCAGAGAUCGGAGGUGCUGUGUACAUCUUCCUCAACCCAUUCGGUAACUGGGAGUAUGCUCAGCCAAUCAGGCUCAAUGGAACCUAUGACUCCAUGUUUGGAUUGACCGUCAACAAUGUGGGAGACUUGGACAGGGACGGAUAUGACGACAUCGCUGUGGGGGCUCCGUUCGAUGGAGAUGGCAAAGUGUUCAUCUACCGAGGCUCGUCCUCAGGCAUCGACACCAAGCCUGCACAGAUCCUGGAUGGAGUGGACGAGGGGGUGAAGAGGUUCGGCUACUCCAUCUCAGGAGGUCUGGACAUCGAUGGGAACCUGUACCCUGACCUGGCAGUAGGCUCUCUCGGUGAUAAGCUGGUUCUGUACAGGUCUCGCCCGGUCAUUCACGUGACCCGGGACGUGUCCAUCGAACCUCAGCAGUAUAUUGACUUGGAGCAACACAACUGUAAGGGGAGAGAUGGAGUGUGUGUGGAGGUUAAAGCCUGCUUCACCUAUACUGCUUAUCCAGAGACCUACUCACCAGACAUCACCCUGGUCCUACUCAUCGAGGCUGACACCGAGCGCAGGAAGCUCGGCCUGCCCCACCGCGUUAGCUUCCUGGGUCGCAGUGCACAGGCGGCGGAGUACACACACACUGACGAGGUGGAGCUGAAAGGUCAACGCCAUCCCGCCUGCCAGAGCGCCACCUUCCAACUACACGAGAAUAUCCGUGAUAAGCUGCGUCCCAUCUCUCUGGCCAUCACCCACACCAUCAGACCCCCCAUGUUCUCUUCAGACACUAACCAGAGGAACGAGACCGCUAUACUCCUGUACUUACCUUUACCUCCUGUACUGAGUGUUUCCUCCUCCAACACCCUGCACUCUGAGGUGAAUUUCCUGAGGGAAGGAUGUGGCGAUGAUAAGAUCUGUCAGAGCAACCUGMAGUUGACCUACCAGUUUGGAACCCGACCUCCCACCUCUGACCUCUUCACCCCUCUGCCAARGGAUGAUGAAGAGGUGGCGGUGUUUUCUCUGUCUGACCAGAGGUCUGUGGUGUUGGAGGUGACCGUCACCAACAUGCCCUCAGACCCUCUGUCCCCAGAGGAGGAUGGAGAUGAUGCCCAUGCUGCCCAGCUACUGGUGACCCUGCCAGACACCCUGUCCUACUCUGGCUUCAGGGGACAACAGGUGGUGUGCCAGGCCAAUCAGAACGGCUCUCWGGCAGAGUGCGAGCUGGGAAACCCUCUGAAGAGAGAUGCUAUACUGAAAUUCUACAUCAUCCUCAGCACGUCUGCUAUCACCAUAGAGACCACGGAACUCACUGUCAACCUCCUGUUGGCUACUAUCAGUGAACAGCGAGACCUGGCCCCAGUCACAGCCGUGGCUAAAAUCAUCAUCGAGCUCCCCCUGGCUGUCAGUGUGCUGGCCAGACCACACCAGCUGUUCUUCAGUGGGGCUGUGAAGGGGGAGAGUGCCAUGGAGACCCUGGACGAUGUGGGCAGUGCUGUGGAGUUUGAGUUUACGGUGACCAACACCGGGCCGUCCCUGCAGACUCUAGGCUCCGCCUUCCUCAACAUCAUGUGGCCUCACGAGCUGUCCAAUGGGAAGUGGCUCCUGUACCCCACUGCUCUCCACUUCCAUGGCCAUCCAGAAACACCCUGUACCCCCCACACCUCCCUCAACCCACGCAAGUUCUCCCACAGUUCUCCUUCUGACGACCAGCCACAGGCAGCAGGCCUGAAGGCCAGGAGGAAGGGGCGUUCCAACACAGAAGAGGAGGGCCAUGUGAUGACCAAGRGCAGUCUGGGUAGGACUACGCCUGCUGUGGCUGCCUCAGAGAGACGCAAGUCMCUCAAACUGGAGUUCCCAUCAGUCAGUGCUCUGGAGCUGCUGGUUAGAGCCAACAUCACAGUCAAGUCCAGCAUCAAACACUUGGUGCUGAGGGAUGCUGCUGCACAGGUCCCAGUGAUGAUUUACCCAGAGGUUGGUCUGACUGCCCAGUACUGGAUCCCCUGGUGGUGGAUUCUCAUAGCCAUCCUGGCUGGUAUCCUGGUGCUGUCUCUGCUGGUCUGCAUCCUCUGGAAGUGUGGUUUCUUCCGUCGGGUCCAGUAUGAAGACAAAGUGCCUCAGUACCAUGCGGUGAAGAUCCCCCGUCAAGACCGGCCCCAGUUCCAGCAGAGCCAGCAGAAGGCAGGGRUCCUCCAGAAGAAGGAGUGGGCCACACACUGGAGCGACGGACGCUCCUGAACAACAUCAACAAACAAGGACUAGAAUAACAACAAACACCCAUUCAACCCUACGGCACUCACUAACUCUGCAGUGGAACAAACGUGUGCAGACUGACCGUGUCACAACACUGUUGUGCACAUUGAGGCUAUGUCCCGAUUCAUCACCCUUCUUCUGAAGUGUGCACACUUCCCAUCGUGGAUUUAUCAAUGGUGAAAACUCGCUCAAGCCAAUGGUAUUCUACUGUAUUCUACUGUAUUCUUCUAUAUUCUACUGUAUUGUCCUUUUAGAAUGACUGGAUCAAUAUUCUGAACUGCUACUGCUGACUGACUAUCUGACUGACUGACUAUCUGACUGACUAUCUGACUGACUGAC